GUGAAGUGGUUCACUUCAACUCCACGAUCUAGUUUGGCUCUAGUUUGGAAUUGAAAAGUAUCAUUUCAUAUUAUUGAAAGGCACUAUUUCAUUCAAGUUGUGUUUUCAUGCAUAAAACAAUCUAAUCACUCGACUUAACAGAAACCAUAAUAUAACGAUAAGAAGUAGCCGAAACAAUACUAAAUAGUUAAAAAUGGUUAAGAAUCAGAAAAAAAAUAUGAAAAGAACCGUCAAAACAAAUGAUAUCAAUUUGAAAAAUAGAAAACAAAAAGCUGGUAAAAAAUUUACAUUGAAAAAUCCGUCCAAAAAGGAUGUAGCAUAUCGCCAAAUCUCGUCGCAGGAAUUAGAGGAAGCCUACAACAGAAAAAUUUUAAGCGAAUUGGACCAACAAGAUCGCAUUAGCCAAUUGUUGCCAAUUAAGGUUAAAGGAAAAGGGCUGGUAAGCCGGUCCAUAUCACGAAAUACUCAGAGCGACGUCGAUAGGGAAGUGCCAACAUUCAUAAACAAUCCAUUCAAAAACGCUCAAAAUGAAGAAAACAAUACAUGCAAUGAGCAUCCUAAAAAGCAGGAGAUUGUGACAAUAACAGACAUUCUAUUAAAAAGGGAUGAAGAAGUCCAAGCUCAACAAGUCUUCAUAGGAACAACUUGUGCGGCAAUAUUGGAAAAUCCAGAAGCUAGAAUCGAAAAUAUUGGCGUUUUGUUAAACCUUAUUGAGAAUAUCAAUCGAGAAGGCACAAUUAACUUCCUAGUAGUACGCAAAACAGCCAUGAUAUCACUUGUCGAAGUAUUCAAAGAUAUUGUGCCAGAAUAUCGUAUUGGUAUCAUUGAUAAAGAACAGCAAAAACUGAAAAAAGACACUCUCGCUCGAGUAAAUUUUGAAAGUAAGCUUCUCACGUACUAUAAACAAUUUCUAAAACAAAUGGAAAUGAUUACUAACAGUUACUCACAGAAGAUGCGCCGUUCGGAAAAAUUAUCAAUUGAAACACGCCAACUAUUAGAAACGGCCGUGCAAUGCAUGUGUGAUCUAGUAUUGGCUCAUCCAUAUUUCAACUACAGUCCAAACAUAAUUCAGCUUUUGGUCCUAAUGCUGAAUAAUCCAAAAGACACCGUACGAAAAGCGGUUCACAGUUGUUUUAGCUCGCUGUUUAAAACGGAUACACGAUUAGAUUUGACAAAUCAUACGGUUCGUCACAUCAAUAUGUUGAUAAAGAAAAAACAGCGCAAAGUAUUUCCUGAAAUGAUUUCCUGUUUGAAAAGUCUGCAAAUCCAUCGCAUAAACAUGAACGACGAUACGUUGUUAGAACUAAAAAAGCAAAAACUAGAAAAGCAAAAAUCGUAUGUCAUAAACAUGUCGCGAACAGAGAGAAAACGAAAAAAAAAGCUACAAGAACUGGAAAAGGACAUCUUUGAAACAAAGGCAGAGGAGAGCAAGCAUGCCGUUAGACGCAAGCUGACGGAAAUAUCCAAACUUACAUUCAUGAUUUAUUUUAAAGUGUUAAAAUGUUUUCCUGAUUCCAAAGUUCUUAGUGCGACAUUAGAAGGUUUAUCAAAAUUUGCUCACACCAUUAAUAUCGAUUUUUUCGCCGAUUUAAUAGAAUUAUUGAAUAAUCUAUUAGAAAAUGCCGAAUUAGGUUACCGAGAACAGUUACAUUGCAUUGAAACGGUAUUCACAAUAUUGAGUGGGCAAGGUGAAGUGUUAAAUAUUGAUCCGGCAAGAUUCUAUUCACAUUUUUAUAAAAAUCUUCUUUAUGUAAAUGCAGGGAAAAAUCAUGACGACAUGGAGACCAUUCUAAAAACCUUGGAUAUUAUUUUAUUCAAGCGUCGUCGAAAUGUUACGUAUCAUCGUUAUGUGGGUUUCGUGAAACGUCUAGCAACACUAUGUUUGCAUGUGCUUCCGAACGGUUCACUUGGCCUAAUAGCGCUUAUUCGAAGUUCAAUGCAUAUGCAACAGCAACUAGAUAUUCUUCUCGAUACUGAAGCCAACGUAGGUUCUGGAAAAUUUGAUCCAUUCAAUGAAGAGCCUGAAUUUUGUCAUGCAAAUUGCACAGCACUAUUUGAGAGCUCGUGUCUAAUGCGUCAUUAUCAUCCUACCGUUAGAAAAAUGACUGCGAAUGUGCUUAAGGGAGCCAAUACACUGUCCAUCAAUGCUGGAAGAAAUCUAUCAUCAAGUGAAUAUUACGUUGAAUAUGAUUGCUCAGAAAUGGUAUUUAAUCCUGAAAUACCUCCUCCGGCCAAAACCAAUUAUUCCAAAGCUCGUAAAAGUUUCCUUGGAUUGGAUAUAGUUACAAGGGAUUACGUAAAAUCCACUGAUUUUGCAAAUAUUUCAAAUUUACAGGAGAAUCCUAAAGCACUGAUGUAUGAUUGUUUUUUCGAAUACAUAAGGCAUCAUCAAAAGUCACCUUCAAGUUGCAAUUGAAACAUGAAAUUGUUGAUUUUUAAAAUAAAAUCUAUGCAAUUGAUGAAAUUGAUUGUACGAAAUUAAUAUUAGUUAUAUUUGAAUAUGUUC